CUUCGCUCUUCAUUAUGCUAAAGAUCGUCGCACAACAGAAAACACAAAGAAUCUAGAGAGAGAAAGAAGAGAGAGAGAGAGAGAGAGAGAUGGGGAAUUCGUGCUGUUUCCUUUGCACGUGCGUGGACCAGGCGAGCGUGGGCAUAGUCGAGAGAUGGGGCCGCUUCGCGAGGUUGGCGGAGCCGGGCCUCCACUUCUUCAACCCCUUCGCCGGAGAAUGCCUCGUCGCCCUUCUCUCCACCAGGAUCUCCUCCCUCGACGUCAAAAUCGAGACCAAAACCAAGGAUAACGUGUUUGUGCAAUUAUUAUGUUCAAUUCAAUACCGCGUUCUUAAGCAAAAUGCCGACGAUGCGUAUUACGAGUUGCAGAACCCUAAAGAGCAGAUUCAGGCUUAUGUGUUUGAUGUUGUUCGAGCAAUUGUCCCUAGGAUGACCCUGGAUGAGCUAUUUGAACAGAAGGGUGAGGUUGCCAAAGCUGUUUUGGAGGAACUUGAGAAGGUUAUGGGGGCAUAUGGAUAUAACAUAGAACACAUACUAAUGGUUGACAUUAUACCCGAUUCUCAUGUGCGGAUGGCGAUGAACGAGAUCAAUGCAGCUCAAAGGCUCCAACUUGCAAGUGUAUACAAAGGAGAAUCAGAGAAGAUUCUCCUAAUCAAACGAGCGGAAGCGGACGCUGAAUCCAAGUACUUAGGAGGUCUCGGUGUCGCCAGGCAGAGGCAAGCAAUCACUGAUGGAUUGAGAGAGAACAUCUUGAACUUCUCUCACAAGGUGGAAGGCACCUCGGCUAAGGAGGUGAUGGAUCUCAUAAUGGUCACUCAGUACUUUGACACGAUUAAAGACCUUGGCAACUCCUCAAAGAACACUACUGUUUUCAUACCCCAUGGUCCUGGUCAUGUUAGGGACAUCGGCGAGCAGAUACGCAAUGGGCUCAUGGAGGCGAGCAGUGCUAACAUCAAUAAUGUCUAGUAUUUUUUUCUUUUUUUUGCCUAUUUAGGGACGGAAUUUGUAUAGGGUUAUAGUUUCUUUACUUUGCCGUUAGAAUUCAACGAAAGAACUACGGGAUAGGUAUAUGGAUUUCGUUGUUAGAGGAAUUUUUCUAGUAAAGAGCUAUUUGCAGACUGCAGUACGUGCCUGCACGUUUUAAAUAAAUGAUAGACAUGGUAUUCAAAGUA